ACCGGGCUCCGACCGCACUGCGCCGCCCGCCGCCCGCCCGCCGCCGGCGCCGCCGCCCAGCGAUCCGGCCGCGGCGGCUCAGACCGCGGCUGCGGCGGGCGCGGGCGGCGGCGGCUUCCUCUCGCCCGCCCGUCUUGGGACCUUUGCCUGCGCGCCUACCCGCGGGGCAACAGCGCGCGCUUCGGCCCUCAACGGGACGGGGACUGGGACGUCAGGCCCAAGGCCCUGCUGUCCCCCACGAUGAGGAAGUUGAGGCUCAGAGAAAGAGAGUGAUAUAUACUCAACGUCCUGUGAUCAGAGUGCAGGAACCAGGUGCAGGUGGUCAGCGGCCGCCGGGCCCAUGCCGUGAGGCCGGGAGCCAGGCGUCCGCCACCAGCAUGCCGUGGGACGCGCGGCGGCCCGGGGGCGGCGCGGACGGCGGGCCGGAGGGCGCAGGCGCGGCGCGCUCGCGGGCGCAGAAGCAGUGUCGCAAGUCGUCGUUCGCCUUCUACCAGGCCGUCCGCGACCUGCUGCCGGUGUGGCUGCUCGAGGACAUGCGCGCCAGCGAGGCCUUCCACUGGGACGAGCGCGGCCGCGCCGCCGCUUACUCGCCCUCCGAGGCGCUGCUCUACGCGCUCGUGCACGACCACCAGGCGUACGCGCACUACCUGCUGGCCACGUUCCCGCGGCGCGCGCUCGCGCCGCCCAGCGCCGGCUUCCGCUGCUGCGCGGCGCCCGGGCCGCACGUGGCGCUGGCCGUGCGCUACAACCGCGUGGGCAUCCUGCGCCGCAUCCUGCGCACCGUGCGCGACUUCCCGCCCGAGGAGCGCGCGCGCGUGCUCGACCGGCGCGGCUGCAGCCGCGUGGAGGGUGGUGGCACGGCGCUGCACGCGGCCUGCGAGCUGGCGCGCCCCGAGUGCCUCUUCCUGCUGCUUGGCCACGGCGCGUCACCCGGCCUGCGCGACGGCGGCGGCCUCACGCCUCUUGAGCUGCUGCUGCGCCAGCUGGGCCGCGACGCCGGGGCCCCCAAUGCCGCCGCCGCCGCCGCCGCCGCCGGGGCGCCCGCCUCUGCGCCCGGGGAGCCGCGCCAGCGCCGCCUGCUGCUGCUCGACCUGCUGGCGCUGUACACGCCCGCGGGCGCCGCCGGCCCUGCCCGCCGGGAGCUGCUGGGCGACCGGCCGCGCUGGCAGCGGCUGCUGGGCGAGGACAAGUUCCAGUGGCUGGCGGGCCUGGCGCCGCCCUCGCUCUUCGUGCGCGCCAUGCAGGUGCUGGUCACCGCCAUCUCGCCUGGACGCUUCCCCGAGGCCCUGGACGAGCUGCCGCUGCCGCCCUUCCUGCAGCCGCUGGACCUCACGGGCAAGGGCUAGACCUCGGCGGGGAGGGGGGUGGGGCUGGUCGUUGGAUUUUUGGAAAUACUAUUUUUCAGAGCGUUGUACCCAGCACUUUACAUAUAUUGAUCUCUGUAUAGGAGAAUCUCUGCUUCGUAUGUUGCACGCGCUGCAGGCUGGGCCUUGAUGGUCAGGUGGGGUCCGGCUGAGCCCAGCUCCCCGCCUCCCUCCCUUUUUGCAAGGGUACAGGAGUCACGUGACUCCUAGAGCCAGGCCCUACCCUCUGCUCACUGUCCAGCCCCUGAAGCUUUCAAUGUUGAUGUAGAGCCUCCAGGACCAGGUGUCCCAGAGGGAGUGACAGCUGAGCUGAGCAGGAAUUGGGCAGGGGCUGUGGGUGUGGACCGACGUGCCUGAGCUGGGGACAGCAUGUGCGAGGGCCUAGAGGCCAAGAGAGCAGGUCCUGUGAGGUUCUGGGAAAGAGGUCCUCUGUGCAGUUGGCAUAUAGGGCCUUGCGAACUCCUGUGUGGGGCAGAGGAGGACGGGGAGGCUUGCUGUGCUGGCGUGGGGGGAGGUGUGAUCCAGGCUGUGCUCCCGCUUCUCCCGCGUCCCCUCCUUGGAUAUCCUUGUGACACCUCCCCCCAGAACUGGCGUAUCCAGGCCUGGGCUUGUCCGUCUUCCUGAUGAGUAGCAGGCACCAAGUCCCCCGCUCCUGCUUUCCUCUCCUCUGCCAGGAAGCCUCUGGUGCCUCAGGCCCCUGUUCCCCGCCUCCCUCCACCCUGUCUUCUGUUGGUGUUAGAUGUGCCUUCCUCCGGGCCUGACCUGGGUCCGGCCCUUGGUGUGGGAUCCCAGGUGUUCCCCUGGCCCAGUCCCCAGAGGGUGACUGGGUGGCUGUGGCUCCCAGUGGGGCAAGCGCUCUUGCCCCAGCUAAUGGAGCUGGCUUCUGUAGGAAGGUUCUGAAGAAGAUUGUUAACGGAUGUGCCGCCAUCCUUCAGGACAAGUGGACUGAUGGACAAGCCUGGUCCGUGCCCUAAGGAGCCUCGAGGCCAGGGAGGAUGGCCAGGCCGUUCGGCCCCGGGGAGUUCCGCUGGGCUAUGAAAUCCAAGCUGCGUGGCUCGGGCUGGAGGGCCACGAUGUCCUGCCAGGAGGAGACGGCUAAAGGUCUGCCGGAUGGCGGGGAGGAGGGGAGAAGGGAGGGGUGCACAGCCCAGGGGCUGAUCCUAGAUGGCAGGUGGGAGUGAGGGCUCCUCCCUUCCUGCUGUGCGUCCUGGGGGUCAGUUCAGUAGUUUCUCUGAAGGUUGACACUUGGGGGCAGUGGAUACUAAUAUCUCUCCCAGCUCAGAACCGGGGGCAUCAGGAACCCCUGGCUCUAGGUGGUCCCAGGUCCUCCCACCAGGGAUGCCAUUGUGGGGGAGAGUGCAUUGCCUUUGGGGGUGCAUGAAGGUGGAGACUAGGGUGGCCCAGAGGAGCAGGUCGCAGUGGCUUCCGGGCGGUGGGCCUGUGGAGGUGUUGGGGGGAUUCUUGGUGCCCGGAUGCCCCAGCAGCUUCUAGAAGGCCUAGGCACCUGAGAGGGAAAGGUUUGCAGCCUUCUCCCCCGUCUCCCCAGGCCCAGUUCCAUCUUCUGUGGGGUGAGUCCUCCUGGGCCCCUCUUGCCUUACACCCUAUAUUACAGCUGCCCUUUUGAGGUCCCUGGGCUAGGACUGGGGUGAGGCAGAGGUGGGGGAGCUGCCUUGCCUCAGGACUCCCUGGGAGGCCAUGGAAGGGGCACCCCACAGAACCUGUUGUCAGGCAUGCUGGAGGCGCGACCUGGGCUCGUUCUGGAGUGGGUGGCGGGAUCAUCAUGGGCCCUGCCGCCUGGGGGCCCAGCCUGAGCACGCGUGUUCAGGGGAAGUUCUGGGGCCCACGGGGAGUGGUUUGCUUUGAAGGUGACCAGCAGGCAGCUCUUGGUGGGACUGAGCGGCAGCUGUGGGGACCUUCCAUCACUUGCGGGGUGACUUUGGGGCCCACCGGAGGCCCCUUAUGCCCUGGAGGGCUGAGAUGGCAGGAGGAGGGUAUCCCAGGGCAUUAGCCCUUGGUGUCCUCACCGUGGGUGGGUGGGACGGGGUCCGGGAGGGUAAUGGAGUUGACACUGCUUGGAGCCGCAGGGAAGGCUGAGGGAGUCGAGGUCAGCCAGCGUCCUGGCCGUGUGGCAGCAGUGGGGCCUGAUUGCCGGCACAGCUGCCCCUGUGACGCCGGGGACGCCUGGCUCGGGGCACGGCAGGCAUCACUGAGCAGAGGCCCCAGAGAGGUGGUGCAGGGUGAUAAGGAGAGCCUCGGGGCUAUCUGGUGGCCGCUGCUGGCCAGAGGGAGGGCAGGAGGCUGGGCAGGAAGUCCCUAGUGUUGGGCUUAUCAGUCCCUGGGACCCUCCAGCCCCAGCAAGGACAGCCAGGUCGGUGGGGGCCAUGUGCACCGAGCGCUGGGGAGGGCCAGAGUCCGUCAGGCCCCGCCCAGGUGUCCCUUGGCAGACGGGGACUCUGCUCGGUCUUGGCACGUUGCCUUGAUGGCUUCUCUGAAGCAACUGCUCUGCCCAGAACAAGGCCCACUUUUCUCUGGGGUGAAGCACACUGGUUCGUUUGGCCCACUCAUUCCGGUCUAAGGAGGUUUGACUGUGGCCAGUACUCCCCCCGACCAUGCCCACCCAUCGGCCCAGUGACUCCCAAUCUGGUGGAGCUCAGGGGCCAGAAUCUUUACCCCAGACGCCUGCCAGGGAGGACAGAGGAGGCUGGGCCACGGACCGGAAAGGCACACUGUGGGACCGCCCUGCUGUCGGGGUGGCCUGGGGGAGGCGGCUGUGAGGGCAGUGAGGGCCUUGCUCUGCCCCUCUGGCUGUGGGGACGUGACUCCACGCAAGGGCCGCGCCACAUGCGGAUUCCAUCCUGGUAUUACCUCGAUGCAGAUUACUCUGGUGUCCCUUCCUCUCCAUGCCUCACCAACUGUCAGCUACUGUACUGGGAAGAGUUUCCUGAAUUCCCGCCGGUCCUGUUCAGAACAGGGAUGCUUCCCAGGGAGCCGGGAAGGAAGGAAACCCUCGUGGUCAGGGACGGCCACAUGCAGUGUUUGCACCUGUUCCCGCCCUGGCCCCACUGUGGUUGUGUUCUGCUACCUUUUCUUUUUUUCUUUUUUUUUUUUUUAAAGGAAAGAGCUUCCCACUUAUUUUUUUUUUAAGUUUAUUUAGAGAGAGAAUCCCAAGCAGGCCUCACACUGUCAGCAAGGAGCCCGAUGUGGGGCUCGAACUCACAAACUGCGAGAUCAUGACCUGAGCUGAAGUCGGACGCUUAACUGACAGCCACCCAGGAUCCCCUUGUCCUGCUACAUUUUUAAAUGGAGCAUGACUGACAGACAAUAGAUGCACAGAGUUUAUUUUUUCUUAAAGAUGAAAAGAGGCCUUUUCUUUUUCUCUUUUUCUUUUUAAGUAGGCUCUACGCCCAAUGUGGGGCUUGAACUCACGACCUCGAGAUCAAGAGUCUCAUGCUCUUCCCGCCGAGCCGGCCAGGUGCCCUGAGACGCACAGACUUUAAAUGUAUAGUCUGAGGAGUUCUGACAGAUGUCUACACAUGUAACCACCACCUUGAUCAGGACAGAGGUGAAGACCGAGAUUUCUGUCUUAAGUGAUUUUUAAAAAGAAUUUCUGCUUAUAGAAUUCACACUGGAGGCAGAGCACUGGGACUGCAGAGAAAUCCAGGGCAGGGCCUGGCAGGGUUUCCUCACGGAAACAUUGUCCUGCUCGCCCUCCAUUGUCCGGCUGCCAAAAAAAGGGGCCAGCUGCCUGCCACCAGCCCACCAACCAACCACUACGAGCAUGUGGGUGUAUUUUCUUCCAGUUUUUUCUAUGCAUGUAUAUAAAUAUAUUAAAAUUAUUUUCUAUGCAUAUUUUUUACAUACAUGACAUCAGAUCGCUUAAAUAAUUAAGUACUUUUAAACUUACUGUAGUCUAAGCACUUUCCUAUAUUGUAAAAUGCUUUGUAAAUGACUUCUCAGGAGCCUUUGGUGUUUACUUGGUGAUAUUUGAUUCAGCUAGUGUUGACAGCAUAAGGAGUUAAUGUUGGCACUUUUUAAAAUGUGAAUUUUAUUUAUUUUGAAAUAAAUAAUACAUUUACAUGG